CAGAAGCAGGGGCGGACUGACAACUCAUGGGGCCCCCGGGCAAUAGGGGAUCAUGGGGCCCCUGUGUCCUUGCCCAAGCUCAAAAAAGCCUAUGAAAAAUGUACCAGGGGCAUCUCAUGGGGCCCCCUACUGACCCUGGGACCUCGGGCAGUGCCCGAGUUUCCAAAUGGUCAGUCCGCCCCCUGGGCAGAAGCUAGCUGGCCCUGGCAAAGCAGAAAGGCGAGGCAUGGGCCAAUAGCAGGUGAUGAGCAACCAUUGGCAGCAGAAGUAUUACAAUAUAUACGGUAUAUAUAUAUAUUUAUUUUAUUUUUUUUUUAAUGAA